AGCACACCUUCCUUCUCAAAUCCUGCUACCAUCACCAAUGACGAAGCUGGAGCUCCGUGAUCUCGGCACCACCGGCCUCAUGCUCAGUUGCGUCGGCUUCGGAGCCUCUCCUCUCGGCAACGUCUUCGGUCUUGUUUCUGAGGAUGACGCCAUCGCCUCUGUUCGCGAGGCCUUUCGGCUUGGCAUCAACUUUUUCGACACCUCUCCGUAUUAUGGAGGAACAUUGUCUGAGAAAGUCCUUGGGAAGUGCCUUAAAGCAGUAGGAAUGCCAAGAAAUGAGUACAUUGUCUCAACAAAGUGUGGCCGGUAUGCUGAGGGCUUUGAUUUCAGUGCUGAGAGAAUAACUAGGAGCAUUGAUGAGAGUCUAGCAAGGUUGCAGCUUGAUUAUGUUGAUAUACUGCAAUGCCAUGAUAUCGAAUUUGGGUCUCUUGAUCAGGUUGUGAAUGAGACGAUUCCUGCCCUUCAGAAACUCAAGGAAGCAGGGAAGAUCCGAUUCAUUGGUAUCACUGGACUUCCCCUGGAAAUUUUUACUUAUGUGCUUGAUAGAGUGCCACCUGGCUCAGUCGAUGUGAUUCUGUCAUAUUGUCACUAUAGUAUCAAUGAUACAACACUGGAGGAUUUAUUGCCUUACUUGAAGAGCAAGGGAGUUGGUGUGAUCAGUGCUUCUCCACUUGCGAUGGGACUCCUUACAGAGAGGGGCCCUCCAGAAUGGCACCCUGCUUCUCCUGAACUUAAGUCUGCAUGCCAAGCUGCUGCUGCUCAUUGUAAAGAGAAGGGGAAGAAUAUUUCAAAGUUAGCCAUGCAGUUCAGCUUGUCAAAUAAAGAUAUUUCCUCUGUGCUGGUUGGCAUGAACUCUAUUAAACAGGUUGAAGAGAAUGUUGCAGCUGCUACAGAACUUGCAAUUUUUGGGAAGGAUGAGGAAACUCUGUCAGAGGUUGAAGCUAUACUAAACCCUGUGAAGAAUCAGACAUGGCCUAGUGGAAUCCAGCAGAGCUGAAAGAGACUGCUUGCGGAAUUGCUGCUCGACUUUCCUGGUCC